ACUUCCAGCUGCUUCCAGUUCCACCGGAUUGGAUCAUUGGAUUAUCCUGGCGUCUGUGCGUGCGGCGCCUGUGCGUGCUUCUUCUGCUUGCAUUUCUCGCUUUUCUCUCGGGAAGUUCAGAUCGUCUGCUUACGGGUCCUUGGAUUGUGGUUUGUUGUAUCCGGCAAACGCCGAAGUUCGACCAUAACGAUACUUUUAAAACCCGUACCGAGACUUUAGGUGUAAAAACUAACUUAAUUUCGCGCUGAUACGAUGGUCUGACCUCCGACAAGCCGUCAUCUGAGCUCCAUCUAGGUCGCGGAAACAAAAACAUUUACGGCUGCUCGGACCAUUAUAGCCGUGUGACAAAAACGCCGGCACCUUGCUAUUUUGCGCAUUGCAAAGUGCGCAGGCUAGUUCAGCUUGUCUGCGCUUCCCCACUCAUUCCCGAGGAAAGUGUGCACGUGCGAAAUCGAAACACUGGGUGCGACGACAAAGUGAACUAGGCCCCCCGCAAUGGGGAACACAGCAGAAGAUACCGACGCAGGACUGUGCUUGGGCAGGCGUUUCUCCAAGGGUCGCCUCUAUGCCAAGGCCAACUUUUUCCUUCUCUACGGUGCCUCUGCGAUUGUGCUGCCCACACUGUCGGUGUACGGCCGCCACCUCGGCCUCAAUGCAGCUUCGGUGGGUCUUGCGCUGACAGUGGCCCCCUUCAUCAUACUGCUCGUGCGACCACUCAUCGGAAAGAUGGCCGACCACCUGCAGACGAUAACUCUGGUCCUCAAUGUAGUCUUGGUGAUGGAGGUUGUUGGCCUCUUUGUGCUCACGGCCACCCCUCCCAUAGAAGUCUCCGAGCAGCUCGAAACUGGACAUUCCUUUCUAACUCACCUGAAUAUAGGGAAUGUGACCAGUCUACCUCUUGGAAAUCAAGGUGAUGUUUGCAUCUCUAAUCUGAUUGGCAACUCUACUGUCCAGUGCACUUUUACCUGCCCGUGUUCUGACGAAGGUGAUGCUUCGGUCGACCCUGCCAACCAUUUGUGCACCGGCUUUGGCAGAGCGACGGUUGACUUGAGGCUGCUGGAACCUACAUCUAAUGCCCUCAAGCUCUUGAGCAACGACUCUGAACUCAAGCAAAACUUGCGGCUAAACUCGGACAUCACAAGUUCGUUAGUCUGCGACGCCAACUGCUCCGCUGAUCUCUCUCAGUGUCUUGCAAGCACCGAGGAUCCCCACACCAUUGGCCAGGAGUUUCUGCACUACCAGUUCUGGGUCUUUAUGAUUAUGUUGUUCAUCAUUCGAAUCUCCAUCUCGACUGCCUUCUCGCUGUCAGACACGGCCUGCUUCGAGGCACUCGGCAGUGCCCCCCAAGACUAUGCCAUGCAGCGCCUGUGGGGCACCCUGGGCUGGGGCAUCGUGGCAACGCUCAGUGGCCUGCUCAUCGACACCGUCAAUGCCGCCUUGGGCUAUAGCGAUCACACGCCGGGCCUGUAUUUGGCUGCUGCACUGAUCAUUCUGCAGACCGGCGUCGGCUUCCGCUGGAACCUGAAGACGGCCAAGAAGUCCCGUGCCGUCCUGAAGAAUGUGGGUCCACUGCUGAAGAAGCCCAGGCACUUGUGCUUCCUCCUGGACAUCUUCGUGGUAGGCUGCUGCAGCAGCGUUCACUGGUACUACAGCUACUGGUACUUCACGGACCUCAAGGCCAGCAAGCUCCUCAUGGGCCUGACGCUGGCGACGCAGAGCUUGCUCGGGGACCUGCCCUUUAUGUUCAUCUCCGGCUGGCUCAUCGGCAAGCUGAAGCACAUAAACGUGGUGCGGCUGGCCUUCCUGGGCUUCUUUGUCAAGUUCUUGGCCUACUCGUACCUGCGGAAUCCUUGGUACGCCAUUGGCAUCGAGUUGUUGCAGGGGCCUACUUACGGAUCCUUCUAUGUGGCGAUGACAUCUUAUGCAAGGAGCAUUUCACCACCGGGCACGGAGGCAACCUUCCUCAGCCUCAUCCUCGGUGUCUUCGACUGCCUAGGUGUGGCCAUGGGCUCCUUUCUGGGAGGCAUGGGGGUCAACUAUUGGGGCACCCGGCGGACCUACUUUGUGGCUAGCUUUGUGCCCCUGGUCUGGCUGAGCAUCUCCGUCCUGCUGCACUUGCUGAUCACCAGGUGCCUGUCCUCGGAGAAAGAUGCUGUUGAAGUGACCAUGGGAAAGGAACAUGUGGAGUCCGGUCAACCUUUCAUAGCCGCUAAGCCCUCAGGCGGAACUACUGGGAAGGCUCAUACGAAUGAAGAACAAGUAUAGACUCGCAAUAUCUGAGCAGUCACUUACAGCCCCCGCCCACUUUCGUUGUACAUGUCAGUGAUAGCUCAUGACAUUUACCAUUUUUAGGCACAAGAUGUUUUCAAAGACGGUUAGCUUUUGUAUUAUAUGAUUGUCAUUUUCAGAUCAAAAUACUAUUACAGUUACCGAACAGGACCGAUGAACUUGGACAUGUUGCAUAGCAAGAGAAUGAUGUGUGGCUUGAUGUUCGUAAUAUGUUGCAAUUGAUAUAACAGAUUCACCUGUGCUAUAAGCUACAUGUGUUCCUUGAAGGUUCAGUAGAUACAUUGACUGUUUUAUCCUUCCAAUUUAUAUAAUGCAGUACCCAUGACACAUUUACAUGCAAUUAGCAUAUAAUUAUUUUGGACAGAUUGCUGCAAAUGUUAUACCUUCAUGUUUUUUUGUGACGAGUGUCGAUUUCGAAACUGUGUUGAUCCUAUUGUUUUGUUUUAAGCGUAAAUACUUUUUUCCUAAUUUUCAGUUUUCUUAAUGCUUUCUUGCAAAAUGAACCCCUAAGGAGUUUUCAAGCUGUUUGUGAGCAUUUACAAUGAAAGAGAAAGUGGCUGAAUUUGCAUGGCUAUGCCAGCAUCUUUGGGACCAAUUUCUGAGCAAACUAGAUCUUGUACAUAUACAUAGUGCAAUAUAUUUGUGCAAAGUUGUCACGUUAAAACUGAGGAAAACUCAUGGUUGUAAGAGAGACAAAUUUUUCUUGCCUUACUAUAACAAAUACAUUGUUCCAGUGUCUUUAUGAAGUUAUUACUUUGGAAUAAUUUGUUUGUGAACGGCUGUUCUCAUUAAAUGGGAUUGAACUUCGCCUCGAGGA